GAUUUCACGACCUUUCCUGUUCUUCCUCUAAUAUUUUCAAAAACUCUAACUCUUCCAACUCUCCCCAGAUUCUCCGAUCUGCAACCUCCAUAGUCUGUAUGGUAUUUCAGGCUUUAACUCGGCAACUCCACUGUUUCUCAAAUCUUACCGUUGCUCGCAUCGACUCCAGCCUCUUCUUCCUUUCUUCUUUGAUUCCGACAAGUUACAGUACUCUCUUCGACACCAAAUUCUCUUUAAAGCCCUCAAGGUCACCAUGGGUGGUGUUUGGUUGCAUGUUCUAAUCUUACACGAUUGUGUUUCUUCUCUGUAUUUCCUUAAUUCUACUUUUUCUAUUUUAAUUUUUUCAUGUUUCGAUGGCCACAGAUGAAAAGGAAGAGAAGCAAUGGAGAUGGGCAAUUUGAAAAACUAUCCGCAAUUGCACAAUCAGAAUCUGAAUCAGACUCAGACCCUUUCCUUGUGGAUGUUGAUAAAGGCAAGGAUAAGGAAUAUGCAAGCAAUAUUGGCUUUUGCUCUAUACUUGGGAAAGAGGUCGAGGCUGAGGUGCAAGCAAAAUCCAAGGCACGGGGGGCUAUUGAACGGUCUUCUACCUCUGCUGUUUGGGAACAUUUCAUCCUUAUAUAUGCUUCAGAGAAUAAGGAUGGAGUAAGAAAAGGUAAAUGUAAAUAUUGUGGAAAAGAAUACAUCUGCACAGGAACUCAUGGCACUUCGAUUAUGAGGAGGCAUGUUUCGAAAUGCCCUCGUCGAGUGCAGAAAGAUCCUCUCCAGAUGAUGUUAAAUAAUUCUGGAAAAUUAGUGAAAAAAAUUGAUCAAGAAACUUUUAAAGAGUUGUGUGCUGUGGUUGUUAUUAAGCAUGCGUAUCCUUUUACUUGGGUUGAGCAUGAAGCUUAUUUUGCAGAAUUCUACAAGUCCGGAAGGCAACUUCAGGAGGCGGCUGCUUGCUAUGAAGCAGCAGCUGAUUUCUUCCAAAAAGAAGACUUUAGUAGUACCUCUGCAGAGGAAUGCAAGCAGGAGGUAGCUCAACUUGCUGCUAUGCUUGGACAGUAUCAUAAGGCUACUAAAAUUUAUGAAGAGGGAGCAUGGAAAUCGCUUAGUGCUGCAAUGCUGAAGUCUGGAGUUAAAGGAAAUCUUCUUAGUGCUGGCAUUUGUCAACUGUGCAAAGGGGAUCUUGCAAUUACUAACACUUUGAAGCGGUAUCAGGAGCUGGAUCCAUCCUUUUCAGGAACAAGAGAGAACAAAUUUUUAGUUGAUGUUGCUAUGUCCAUUGAUGCUGGGGAUGUUGCAAAGUUUACAGCUGCUGUAAAUGAGUUUGGUAGCAUGACUCCUCUGGACCCAUGGCAGAGAACCCUGUUGUUGAGGGUGGAGGAGAAGCUGAAAGCCCCAGAUAAAAUGUAGUCAGGUUGAUGGGCCACGUUCAGAACCUUUAUAGUUUAUAGUUGUAUUGAGAGGAAAAUCUGAAAAUGAGGGCGAAAGACAAAGAAUUUAGGGUUUUUUAAAGUUUCAUCAUUUUUAAAAAAAUUUUUGUUUUAGAAUUUUUCCAAUUUUUGGUCCAAAAUGAGCCCAACCCAUUUGGCUAGCCAUGAGCUGCAUUUUGGUUUUGGUUAUUGGGCCCCCUUUCAAAACCGAAGCGAACUAGGCCCUGAUAAAUUUGAACCCGAACA